GAGUCCUGAGGCGGGACCUCUAAGCGCUUCUCGGCGUCGCCCGGUAUCAGGUGUCCGCGUGGCGAGGCGGGAGGACGAACCGUCAAGGAGCCCCCAGACCCAAUGCGCCAGCCCCGCAAGGCUGCCGGCAGCCGCCGCUGAGGAGUUGGGGGCGGCACCCGGGGCACUCCCCCUGCCGCCGUUGCCAGGGGCUCGGAAACCGGUUGGUUCGGUCCGGAGACGCGGAGUCGUGUCCCGGGGCGUUGGCCCGGGCGGCGCAGGCUGCGGCCAGAUGCGCUUUCCGGACCGCGGAAGGUCGGCUCUGCCUCGCUGAGCGCCGGGGGGAGGCGGCGGCCCGGAAGGUGCCCACGGCCUGAGUCCUGAGCAUAUCUGUUAAGAUGCCUUAGAAAAAGAACCAUGGAGAAAUACAUUAGAGUACAGAAGAUUGGAGAAGGUUCAUUUGGAAAAGCCAUUCUUGUCAGAUCUACAGAAGAUGGCAGACAGUAUGUCAUCAAAGAAAUUAAUAUCUCAAGGAUGUCCAAUAAAGAGAGGGAAGAAUCAAGGAGAGAAGUUGCAGUGCUAGCGAACAUGCGGCAUCCAAAUAUUGUCCAGUAUAGAGAAUCAUUUGAAGAAAAUGGCUCUCUCUACAUAGUGAUGGAUUACUGUGAAGGAGGGGAUCUGUUCAAAAGAAUAAAUGCUCAGAAGGGCAUUUUGUUUCAAGAGGACCAGAUUUUGGACUGGUUUGUACAGAUAUGUUUGGCCCUAAAACAUGUACAUGAUAGAAAAAUUCUUCAUCGAGACAUAAAAUCACAGAACAUAUUUUUAACCAGAGAUGGAACAAUACAACUUGGAGAUUUUGGAAUCGCUAGAGUUCUUAAUAGUACUGUAGAGCUGGCUCGAACUUGCAUAGGGACCCCAUACUACUUGUCACCUGAAAUCUGUGAAAAUAAACCUUAUAAUAAUAAAAGUGAUAUUUGGGCUCUGGGGUGUGUCCUUUAUGAGAUGUGCACACUUAAACAUGCAUUUGAAGCUGGCAAUAUGAAAAACCUGGUACUGAAGAUAAUAUCUGGAUCUUUUCCGCCUGUGUCUUUGCAUUAUUCUUACGAUCUCCGCAGUUUACUCUCUCAGUUAUUUAAAAGAAAUCCUAGGGAUAGACCAUCAGUCAACUCCAUAUUGGAGAAAGGUUUUAUAGCCAAACGCAUUGAAAAGUUUCUCUCCCCUCAGCUUAUUGCAGAAGAAUUUUGUCUAAAAACAUUUUCCAAGUUUGGAGCACAACCUCUACCACCUAAAAGACCAGCUUCAGGACAAAGCUUGGCUUCUAUUGUGUCUGCUCAGAAAAUUACAAAGCCUGCUGCUAAAUAUGGAAUACCUUUAACAAAUAAGAAAUAUAUAGAUAAAAAAUUGCAUGAAAGGAAACCACUCCAGAAAUAUAAACAGGCCCAUCAAACCCCAGUGAAGAAAGUGAAUCCUGGAGAAGAAAGGAGGAAACUGUUUGAGGAAGCACCAAGAAAAAGAAGAUUGGAAUUGAGUGAAAAAGAAAAGAAACCUAAGGAUCAGGUUAGUCUGCUGAAGGCUGAGCAGGUGAAAAGACAGGAAAAGGAAAGGUUGGAGAGAAUAAAUAGGGCCAGGGAACAAGGCUGGAGAAAUGUGCUGAGUGCUGGUGGAAGCGGUGAAAUGAAGGCUCCCUUUUUGGGCAGUGGAGGGGCCAUGGCUCCAUCAUCCUUUUCCUCUCGAGGACAGUAUGAACAUUACCACGCUAUUUUUGAUCAAAUGCAGCGACAAAGAGCAGAAGAUAAUGAAGCUAAAUGGAAAGGAGAAAUGCAUGGCCAGAGGCUUCCAGAAAGGCAGAAGGGGCAUCCAGCUAUGGAAAGAGCAAAACAAGUAGAAGAGUUUCUACAGCGAAGACGGGAAGCAAAGCAGAACAAAGCUCGGGCCGAGGGGCAUAUGGGCAUCCUGCACAACCUGGCAGCUCUCUAUGGAGGCAGGCCCAGCUCUUCACGAGGAGGGAAGCCGAGAAACAAAGAGGAAGAGGUAUAUUUGGCAAGACUAAGACAAAUAAGAUUGCAGAAUUUCAAUGAACGCCAACAGAUUAGAGCCAAGCUUCGUGGUGAAAAGAAGGAAACUGACAGCUCUGAAGAUCAAGAAGGAAGUGAGGAGGCCGAUGUGAGGCGUAAAAAAGUGGAAGCCCUGAAGGCCCAGGCAAGUGCCCGUGCAGCCGUCCUGAAGGAGCAGCUUGAGCGCAAGCGGAAGGAGGCAUACGAGAGAGAGAAGAAGGUGUGGGAGGAGCAUUUGGUGGCCAAGGGAAUAAAGAACUCUGAUGUGUCUCCGCCUUCAGGGCAGCAGGAAAUGGGGGGUUCUCCAUCAAAGCAGCCGAUGAGACCUGUUAUUUCUGUGACUUCAGCUUUGAAGGAAGUGUGCAUGGACCGAAGUCUAACUGAUGCCCAGGAAACCUCAGAAGAAACGCAGAAGAGUAACAGCGCUGUUUCAAGUAAACGAGAAAUACUACGUAGAUUAAAUCAAAAUCUUAAAGUUCAAGAAGAUGAAAAGGGAAGGCAGAGUCGUCCUGAAACGGGUACAGUAGCUGUUCAUGAAGAUGCCAAAGAGCUGGAAAAAGAAAAGUCAGUUCCAUCGGAUCGAAAGAAGUGGGAGACAGGAGGCCAGCUUGUGCUUCCCGUGGGUGAACUGGCCCUGGACGCUUCCUUCUCUGGGACAGGAAAAGAUACAGUGGGAGAGGUUAUUAAAUUAGAUCCUAGCGGAUCUCCAAGAAAAGUCUGGGGGAAAAGUCCUACAGAUUCUGUUCUGAGGAUACUUGGAGAAGCUGAACUACAACUUCAGACAGAACUAUUGGAAAACACAACUAUUAGAAGUGAGAUUCCUCCUGAAAGCGAGAAUUGCAAAUCCUUAAUUAUUGAAGAAGAAAAAGUAAAAUGUAUUCCACUUGAAAUGAACCCAUCAGCUACUCUUGAUUCUUCUGUUGAGACAAACACUCCAAACAUUAGUGAAGCAUCUCCACAGACAGCAUUGAAACCAGAAGGAGAUUUGGAGGAGCCUGAUGACUUGGAGGCAGAAGUGCUGCAGGAGCCAAGUGGAGCAGACAGAGAUGGUGGUUUGCCCCAACCCGUUCUCGACAUGUGGGUCACUGAGAGAGAAGGAGCAGAGGAGGUUGAAUUGGAAGAUAGGAUCACCAUUCAGCAAAAUGAACUUUCUGAAGAUAAAGCCCCGAGCAGUGUGGAUCACCUUAGUGAGGUUCAUGUAGAACCUGGAGUGGAUGAUUCUCCACCUUCUAAGCAUGAUAUAGAUAAAUCUAUGCAACCAGAACCAUUUUUCCAUAAAGUGGUUUAUUCUGAGCAUCUGAAGGCAGUUUCUCAGGUUCAGUCAGUUCUCUGUUCACCAGAAGAAUCCUUUCCACUUCGAUCUCACUCUGAUUCACCACCAAGAAAUAAAAAACAGAAUUCCUUGCUGAUUGGACUUUCAACUGGUCUAUUUGAUGCAAACAACCCAAAGAUGUUGCGGACAUGUUCACUUCCAGACCUCUCCAGACUGUUCAGAACACUGAUGGAUGUUCCCACCGUGGGAGAUGGACGUCAGGACAAUCUUGAAAUGGAAGAUGAGCAUGUUAAGGAAGGACCGUCAGACUCUGAGGACAUUGUGUUUGAAGAGGCUGACACAGACUUACAGGAGCUCCAAGCCUCCAUGGAGCAGCUGCUGCGGGAGCAGCCAGGGGAGGACUACAGCGAAGAGGAGGAGUCAGGCUUGAAGACCAGUGAUGACGCCGAGCAGGCUGCCAACGGCACGGACGCGGGCGAGGAGGAUGACAACCCCAGCAGCGAGAGCGCCCUCAAUGAGGAGUGGCACUCGGAUAACAGUGAUGGGGAGAUAACUAGUGAAUGUGAAUACGAUAGUGUCUUUAAUCAUUUAGAGGAACUGAGGCUUCACCUGGAACAGGAAAUAGGCUUCGAAAAGUUCUUUGAGGUUUAUGAAAAAAUAAAGGCUGUUCAUGAAGACGAAGAUGAAAAUAUUGAGAUUUGUUCAACAAUAGUUCAGAAUAUUUUGGGAAAUGAACAUCAGCAUCUUUAUGCCAAGAUUCUUCAUUUAGUCAUGGCAGAUGGAGCCUAUCAAGAAGAUGGAGUGUGACCUCCCGUCUCAUGCACUGUGGUGGCUUUUCAGAGUGUUUAUGGAGGCUCCUGGGUGCCUGGCACUCUAUUUUUGUGGCCAGUGAAGGGCAUGACAUGUUGUGUACCAUGUCCUUAGGAAAAAGACAUAGGAAAGAAGGUGUAAAGCCAUACAUAAAAUGCUCAUCCUGAAAUGUUCACAGUGCAGUAGGGGCUAGAGAAGGGAGGUUGGAUUCGGAGAAAUGAAAAGAGACGUAGAGGAUGUGACUUGUGGGGAAAAGAACAAAACAGCAAUUACUGUGUUAGGAUAGACUGACCAUACUAGGAGCUUCCUGUAGAAGAUUAGUCUUUGUGAUGAGACACUGUGACAUGUUUAAGACACAAGGAUGAAACCAGUGAAGGAUUUAGAAGUGAAAGGACAGUGUAGUGGAAGAAGCACUUUGUGGUGAGAAUUCCGGCCAUGGUGCCAUGUGUUGCAGCCGUAGCGAGAUGGGAAGGAGCACUUGAUGGAAACAGUAGAGGUAUUUGGGCAUGAGGAGGUGAGAACCUGGACUGCAUGUUCAGAGGAGCGCUCAGAUGACCUAUUUCAGAGGCAGGAUUUUAUUAAAAUAUGUGGUAUUUGGACUCAUGAAAAAUUAAGUUUGCUAAAAUCAGAAUUCAAGAGUAUUUUAUUUUGGGAGAGACUUUAUAAUUAUGUAGACUUAUUUACAUUGACUAUUAGCUCAGCAAAAAAUCUUUCUUGAAUGGCUUUAAUGGAGGUAAAAGUCUUGUUAAAAUUCUAAUAGUCAUUGUUAAAUCAAAACUAGAAAAUCUUUCAGGUACAGUAAGUACUCUUACAGCUUUAAAACCUACUGCAUUUUCAUUACUUUUCUUCAUAAGCCCACAGAGUAACUGCCAGGCCAUUAGCGGCAAGGAACCAAUUGAAUGUAAACCAACUUCCUUUAUAACAGUUCGUGCUACCUGUGUGCCUGUUUAUGUAGUAGUUAAGAAUUAUCACAGAUAGACAGGCACAAACAGAAUCAUGUUUCAUACUCACAGUGGUUGCUAUGGAACCUGUCAAUAGAAAUUUAAGGGAUCUCUUCUUUAUUAAAAAAAAGAAGUCAAUGGACAAUAAUACCACUUUGGGGAAAAAAACGCAAGAACGUACUUAUCCAAAUAAAUGUUUACUGUCUUCGAAGCAGAGAUACAGACUUAUUCUAAUGAAGAUACUCCAUUACACAAAAUGUCUUGAAACUUCUCUUUCACAAAUUCCCUAACAUCUUAUAUACCAUAUUCUUUUGAUUGUCUUUCUUGAUACACAUCCAUUCUGAGAGCUUUCAAUUUUUUUGAGAAAAGCUUAAAGUUACUUGCCAUCAAGUUUAGUAAAUAAAGUAGGUAAUCAAGAUAAAUAAUAUGUGGUCUUUUUGUUUUAAGUAUCUUCCCAUGCAGUAAUGAGCCUAAUUGUUACAGUGCGUUUAUAAACUGAUUCUGAAUAUUUUGAACGUGAAAGUGAAAGUAGCUCAGUCAUGUCCAGCUCUCUGCAAUCC